AUGCAGCAUGUCAAAUGCUCCAAUGAGUCCAACUUGGGCACUGAGGGCAGAUGGCUAUACAUCAUGUGCAUUGUCCACACCUCCCACCCUUCUGCAAUGAACCCCUAUGUCAUGGGAGAAGCUCAAUAUCGCCAUAGGCCUGUGUUUCAGGGGGAUAAAUGGGCAUCAUCAAUGUGCGACACAUGGCCAGCCACGCUGAGCACCAACCUGCAGGCAGGCGCGAUGGCAAGCAGGGAUUAUGAGUAUAAUGCAUCCACAUUGCCUCUGAAGUCCUUGAGGCAUGUCUGUGUGGAGUGGGUUUCACCUCAAGUAUGGUGUGAGAGUCUAACCUUAUCUUUAUAA